AUGUAUAGUAAAUAAAAAUAAUUACCUGAAAUUAAUACAUUGUUUGAAAGCAAUAGAGAUAUGAAUAAAGACAUUGGAAUAAUAACGGAUUCUCGUCAACAAAAGAUAAUUGAAGAUUCAUUUCUUAUUAAUACUUCUGAUUCUUUAAAUGUAAAGUCCUUAGAAACAAAUCUUAGAGUACCGAUCCUUAACUUACCUUAAACUAAAUUUGAAAAUUCAAACUUGGCUUAAUACUUAUUUUAAAACAUAUAACCUUAAAUGUAAUGUAAUACUAACAAUCAAAUAUACUUUAAAGAUCAAUUAUUAAAUGAAAAAUAAAUAAAUUAAGAGACACAAUCUUUCGCUAAUAAAUAAAACUUGUAACCUUUCACUUAUCAACUAAUCCAACAAUAUUCAAUUUCAAAAAGGAAAUACUGCUGUGCAAUAGCCAUUAAUUAAGAUUGUUCGAUAUUAUUAGCUGGAUGUGGCAAUCAAAUUAAAGUAUUUGAUUUCAAUUAAGGAAUUAUUAAAAUAAAUUAAAUUUUACAGGAACAUAAGGAUCGAGUAUUUACCUUAAACUUCAUGAAGAAAUCGUGUUCGUUUAUAUCUGGGGCUUGUGAUAAUACUAUAAUUAUAUGGUAAUAAAGUUAAAACAAUUAAUGGAUUUCCUAAUAAAUAUUAAACGGACAUACCAGUUAUAUCUUUUGUCUAAUUUUAAAUAACAAUGAAGAUUUAAUUGUGUCAGGAAGUUGGGAUAAUACAAUAAAAUUUUGGGUGAAGAAUAAUUAAUGGUCCUGCCAUUAAACAAUUGAAGAUCAUACUAGUGAUGUUUAUGGUGUGAGUUUUAAUUAAUAAUAAAAUAGAAUUGUUUCUUGUGGUAGCGAUAAUUUAAUAUUAAUAAUGGAAUUAUAAGGAGAGCAUAAAGAAUGGAUUAUAAUUUAAAAGAUCUCAGUUGAAUAAUAUGGUUAUAGAGUAUGCUUUAUUGAUAAUAAUAUGUUCGCAUUAUCAAUAUAUGACAAAGAAUAGAUCUCUAUUUUUGAAAUGAACAGUGUAAAUCGAUAAUUUACAAAGACUAGAGAUAUUCAUGUUAAAUGUGAAUCAGAUGGUAAUUGUUUAUUUCCUUCAUAAUAUAUAAUGUCAAAAUCUCUCCUUUUUAGUAAGAAUGGGUAAUGUGUUAAUGUAAUAAAGAAAACAUUAAAUGGAGAGUUUGUAACUGAAUAAUCUAUUCAAUUUUAUACACCUUCAAUAUUUGGAGUAAUUAAUGAUGAUGGAGAGUAUUUGAUCACUUGGGAUGCUAACUCAAAUUAAAUACAAAUCAGAAGAUAUCAAGAAUUUUGA